AUGCAGUCGUCCAAACCGUCUUCCCUCGGUGUCGGGUUUCCCUCAACCAAGAAACCAAAUCAAACUGCUCACCCUCGUGAACCAUCCGGAGGAGCAUAUACAAUGUUCACACCUCAACAAGUGAAACAGUUCAAAGAAGCUUUCAACAUGAUAGAUCAAGAUGGGGAUGGGAGAGUUACGGAGGGAGAUUUAAGGGUCAUGUUGGCGAAUCUAGGUCAAACACCAACUCCAACACUACUCAACAACUUACUAUCUUCUCGACCUGGAAAUGCCAAUUCUGGUCAGAACAAGGAAGGUAUAAACUUUACUCAAUUCUUAUCAAUGAUGGGAGAACGUUUAUUAGCUCUUGAUCCAGAGCCGGAACUCUUGGAAGCUUUUGCUAGUUUCGAUGAGGGAGAUAAAGGUGUUGUGGAUGUUAAAGAGAUGCGAAGAUGGCUUGGAGAGAUGGGAGAUAGGAUGGAAGAUUGGGAAAUCGACCGUCUUUUCUCCGGUCCAUUUACUAGAGGAGGUAAAUUCGACUAUGUGGAAUUUGCCAAAGUAUUACGUGUUAAUGAUGGUGAGGAAGAGAGAGAUGAUAAGUUAGCCACUUGA